AUGGACAGCUCCCCCAGCCUCCCCCUCCCGCGCCCGCCCGCCACCCACCCGCCGCCGCCCCCGCCGCAGGUCUUCCUCCGCUGCCCCUCGCCGCUCCCGCGGCCGCCGGGCGCCGUCCCCGCGCCAGCUCGCGUCCACUACUUCCGCGCCCCGUCGCCCAUCCCCGUCUACUCCCCGCGGAUCCCCGGGCCCCGCUACGUCGCCGCCAGGCCCCCGACGCCGUCCCUUCCAGCUCCCCCCGCGCAGGCGCAGCUGCCCCCUCGACCGCCGCCGCCGCCGCCGUCAUCGCACGAGGCCGCCACGGCGCCGCCGAGGAGGGGCAGGCCGCCCAAGUCCAAGGCGCCGCCGGAGAAUGAGCAGAAAAAUCAAAGGGAAAAUGCCCAUUUCGAAGUCAUCAAGGGAGAGACUGAACAAAAACCUCAUAAGGAGAGUACCACUGGACCAACAAAAGGUAUCAAGCGACUAAAAACAUUAAAGGGUUCAUCACAUAGUCAUGGAGCAACUAAAGGAUAUGCCGGGACUUCUUUGCAUUCGGCAAGCACCUGCCGCUAUGACAAUUCGCUAGGUCUGUUGACGAAGAAAUUCAUCCACCUGCUUAGAAUAGCAGAAGAUGGAAACCUUGAUUUAAAUAAAGCAGCCGAGAUAUUGGAGGUGCAAAAGAGGAGGAUAUAUGAUAUAACAAAUGUCCUAGAAGGCAUAGAUUUAAUUGAAAAGGGCCCAAGGAAUAUGAUUCGUUGGAAGGGAUUUGACAUGUUACUGCCUAAGGAGAUGGAGCGCCGAACUUCAGCAUUGAAGAAAGAAAUUGAGUCAUCAUACAAGGAAGAUUGCAAGUUGGAUGAGGAAAUACUGGAAGUGCAAGAGAAAAUGCAUGCCCUCAAAGUAGAUAAGGACAAAAAAAAGUAA